AUGUGCAUCAGCUUGCGUUUAUCUGCGUCUAUAUGCAUUAGUCUGCGUCAAUUUGUGUCAUCCUGCGUUGAUUUGUGUCAUCCUGCGUCGACCUGCGUCGAUCUGCGUCAGCCUGCGUCCACCUGUAUCAGUCUGCGUCGAACUGCGUCAGUCUGCGUCGAUCUGUAUCGAUCUGCUUCAACCUGUGUCGACCUGUUUCAGUCUGCGUCGAUCUGUGUCAGCCUGUGUCGAUCUGCUUCAGUCUGCGUCGAUCUGUGUCAGCCUGUGUCGACCUGUGUCGAUCUGCUUCAGCCUGCGUCGAGCUGUGUCAGCCUGUGUCGACCUGUGUCGAUCUGCUUCAGCCUGCGUCGAGCUGUGUUAGCCUGCGUCGACCUGUUUCAGUCUGCAUCGAUCUGUGUCAGCCUGCGCCGACUUGCUUCAGUCUGCGUCGAUAUGUGUCAGCUUGCUUCGAUCUGCGUCAGUCUACGUCGAUCUGUGUCAGUCUGCGUCAAUUUGUGUCAGCCUGCGUCGAGUUGUGUCAGCCUGCGUCGACGUGUUUCAGUCUGCAUCAGAUAG